AGACUCGUCUCUUCCCCACACUGAUCUGAUUAAGUGGUUAAAACGAUGUCAACAGCACAGCUUAAAACAGCUGGAAAACUCUGCACUCUUUGCCAAAAUACAAGGUUUUUGAGCCUACGUCCCCGAGGACGCAGCGCUCUCAAACCCGCCUCGGCUCUGCGCUAAAAGAGGAUCCACGCACCCCCAGCUAACUGGGGAGAGACGAUCGUCUCGCAGGCUUUGCAUUGGCCCAGAGUCACAAAGGCCGGCAGCUUCUCCCCUCUUCCGGACGCUGAGUGGUUGAGGCCGAAAAACAACGCUUAUAGCCAUUGGCUGAAUACAGCUGUCGCUCUUUACGUGUCUCGCGGCGCGGCGCGACAUAGCCAGGCGCGGCCUAUAGACCAGUCUCGAAGCCAGCUGCAGGGAGAAGAUGGCGGUCGCAGUGAGAACUUUGCAGGAGCAGCUAGAAAAGGCCAAGGAAAGCCUAAAGAACGUGGAUGAGAAUAUUCGCAAGCUCACCGGGCGGGAUCCGAAUGACGUGAGGCCCAUCCAAGCCAGAUUGCUAGCCCUUUCUGGUCCUGGUGGAGGUAGAGGACGUGGUAGUCUGUUGCUGAGGCGUGGAUUCUCAGAUAGUGGAGGAGGACCCCCAGCUAAACAGAGAGACCUUGAAGGGGCAGUCAGUAGGCUGGGCGGGGAGCGUCGGACGAGGAGAGAAUCACGCCAAGAAAGCGACGCAGAGGACGAUGAUGUUAAAAAGCCAGCGUUGCAGUCUUCAGUCGUAGCUACCUCCAAAGAGCGUACACGUAGAGAUCUUAUCCAGGAUCAAAAUAUGGAUGAAAAGGGAAAGCAGAGAAAUCGACGAAUAUUUGGCUUGUUGAUGGGCACCCUUCAGAAGUUUAAGCAAGAAUCCACUGUUGCUACUGAGAGGCAAAAGAGGCGCCAGGAAAUUGAACAAAAACUUGAAGUACAGGCAGAAGAAGAGAGAAAGCAGGUUGAAAAUGAGAGAAGAGAACUGUUUGAAGAGAGGCGUGCUAAACAGACAGAACUGCGGCUUUUGGAACAGAAGGUUGAGCUUGCACAGCUGCAAGAAGAAUGGAAUGAGCAUAAUGCCAAGAUAAUUAAAUAUAUAAGAACUAAGACAAAGCCCCAUUUGUUCUACAUUCCUGGAAGGAUGUGUCCAGCUACCCAAAAACUAAUAGAAGAGUCACAGAGAAAAAUGAAUGCUUUAUUUGAAGGUAGACGCAUUGAAUUUGCAGAACAAAUAAAUAAAAUGGAGGCUAGGCCUAGAAGACAAUCAAUGAAGGAAAAAGAGCAUCAGGUGGUGCGUAAUGAAGAACAGAAGGCGGAACAAGAAGAGGGUAAGGUGGCUCAGCGAGAGGAAGAGUUGGAGGAGACAGGUAAUCAGCACAAUGAUGUAGAAAUAGAGGAAGCAGGAGAGGAAGAGGAAAAGGAAGUAGGUAUAGUUCAUAGUGAUGCAGAGAAAGAACAGGAGGAGGAGGAGCAAAAACAGGAAAUGGAUGUUAAGAUGGGGGAAGAAACUGAGGUAAGGGAAAGUGAGAAGCAGCGGGAUAGUCAGCCUGAGGAGGUUAUGGAUGUGCUAGAGAUGUUUGAGAAUGUCAAAAACGUAAUUGCUGAGCAGGAGGUAAUGGCAACUAAUCAAGUUGAAAGUAUGGAACCUUCAGAACAUGAAACUAGCAAAGAAAUGGAGCCAGAGAUGGAAUUUGAAGUUGAGCCAGAUAAAGAAUGUAAAUCUCUUUCUCCUGGGAAAGAGAAUUGUAGUGCUCUAGAAAUAGAAAAGGAGCCCGAGGAAAAAGAAGAAAAAGCAUCUGAUCCCCAGCCAGAGCCUAUGGCUCAACCUCAACUUCAACCUCAGCCCCAUUCCCAAACCCAGUCUCAGCCCCAAUCUCAGUCUCAAUCUCUGUCCCAACCAGUACUCCAGCCCCAGUCUCUCUCUCAGCCUGAGACUUUGCCAUUAGCUGUUUUACAGCCACCACCUCAGGUUACUCAGGAGCAAGGGCAUUUACUUCCUGAGAGGAAGGAGUUACCAGUAGAAUCUGUAAAACUCACUGAGAUGCCAGUAGAGCCAGUCUUGACAGUACAUCCAGAAAGCAAGAGCAAAACCAAAACUAGGAGCAGAAGCAGAGGUCGAGCUAGAAAUAAAACUAGCAAGAGUAGAAGUCGAAGCAGUAGCAGUAGUAGCUCUAGUAGUAGCUCAACUAGUAGCAGCAGUGGAAGCAGUUCCAGCAGUGGCAGUAGUAGUAGUCGAAGUAGUUCCAGUAGCAGCUCCAGUACAAGUGGCAGCAGCAGCAGAGAUAGCAGUAGCAGCACCACUAGUAGUAGUGAGAGUAGAAGUCGAAGUAGGGGCCGGGGACAUAAUAGAGAUAGAAAGCACAGAAGGAGUGUGGAUCGGAAGCGAAGGGAUACUUCAGGACUAGAAAGAAGUCACAAAUCUUCAAAAGGUGGUAGUAGUAGAGAUACAAAAGGAUCAAAGGAUAAGAAUUCACGGUCUGACAGAAAGAGGUCUAUAUCAGAGAGUAGUCGAUCAGGCAAAAGAUCUUCAAGAAGUGAAAGAGACCGAAAAUCAGACAGGAAAGACAAAAGGCGUUAAUGGAAGAAGCCAGGCUUUCUUAGCCCAUUCUUUGCAGCAGAAGAUUUCUUGAUGAGUAAAAGGAUUACCUUUCCUUGUAAGGAGGAUGCUAUGCUGCCUUAAGAAUUGCAUGUUGUAAAAAUUCUUUUUGGAAAAUACAGACUGUUUGUUUACCAGACAUUCUUGUACUUUUUGCAUAAUUUUGUAAGAGUUAUUUAUCAAAAUUAUGUGAGGUUCCAAAUAUGUAAAAAUAAUAAUAAUAAAAAAAGAUUAACAUCCCUUGUCAUCUUUUUUAAAUAUCCUAUUCUCGUCAGUAAGAAUCUGUAUAUUUUAAUAGGUAAAUAAGUCUGUUCCCUUCUAAUUCUGUAUGAUAAAUUGCUUUUGUAGAAAUAAAUGUGCAUUUCUUUCAUUAUUUUUGAGAUGUCCUUGUUGACACUUGUAUAAUAAAUAUCCUCGGUAUCAUUUUCAACUUUUAUCAUUAGAUACUGAACAUGAUUUGAAUGUUUUUUGAAGGUUACCACACUUUUUUGCCUCAGAUAUUUUGCGUUGUUGGAUCUUUGCAGCUUUGAGGGACAAUAUAAAUUGUUCUCUUCUUUACUUUAAAAAUCAUUUUCCAUUUUCUCAUAUCCCAUGUUAUUUAAAUUUAAGCAUUUUCCCAUUUCUCAUGUUUAAACCAUAUAUUAAGGUUCAGCAGGUAAAACAAUAUGGUUUGGUUAGCAUUUUCUUCCUGAUUAUGGGAACAUCAUUCUUUUGACUCCAUGGUUGUGUGAUACAGCUUAUAUGUCUUUUAACAAAAAUAAUCACUUUCUAGUGGAGGGAGGUAGAAAAAUUUCUUCUGAACUUGGUUUUUGAGUUUGUGGUCUUGUCUUAACUUUUGUGUUGGUUCUAACUGGAACAUGCCCAAUAUAUGUUUUCAAGAAUUUUGUUUAAGGAAGUAUUGUAUGGAAGUUUACAAACUGAGGGAAGUUCACCUAGACUUGAAUAUGUAAGCAACAUAACACACAAGUGUACCAAGUGAUUAUUAACUUUGUUGUUUUAUAAAUUUGUAUGAACUUGAAGUUAUCUGUUGCCCAUUGCUAUAUAUGUGCAAAUAAAUGUGGCUUAGACUUGUGUGACUGCUUAA